AAUAAUAAUAAUAAUAAUAAUAAUAAUAAUAAUAAUAAUAAUAAUAAUAAUAAUAAUAAUAAUAAUAAUAAUAAUAAUAAUAAUAAUAAUAAUAAUAAUAAUAAUAAUAAUAAUAAUAAUAAUAAUAAUAAUAAUAAUAAUAAUAAUAAUAAUAAUAAUAAUAAUAAUAAUAAUAAUAAUAAUAAUAAUAAUAAUAAUAAUAAUAAUAAUAAUAAUAAUAAUAAUAAUAAUAAUAAUAAUAAUAAUAAUAAUAAUAAUAAUAAUAAUAAUAAUAAUAAUAAUAAUAAUAAUAAUAAUAAUAAUAAUAAUAAUAAUAAUAAUAAUAAUAAUAAUAAUAAUAAUAAUAAUAAUAAUAAUAAUAAUAAUAAUAAUAAUAAUAAUAAUAAUAAUAAUAAUAAUAAUAAUAAUAAUAAUAAUAAUAAUAAUAAUAAUAAUAAUAAUAAUAAUAAUAAUAAUAAUAAUAAUAAUAAUAAUAAUAAUAAUAAUAAUAAUAAUAAUAAUAAUAAUAAUAAUAAUAAUAAUAAUAAUAAUAAUAAUAAUAAUAAUAAUAAUAAUAAUAAUAAUAAUAAUAAUAAUAAUAAUAAUAAUAAUAAUAAUAAUAAUAAUAAUAAUAAUAAUAAUAAUAAUAAUAAUAAUAAUAAUAAUAAUAAUAAUAAUAAUAAUAAUAAUAAUAAUAAUAAUAAUAAUAAUAAUAAUAAUAAUAAUAAUAAUAAUAAUAAUAAUAAUAAUAAUAAUAAUAAUAAUAAUAAUAAUAAUAAUAAUAAUAAUAAUAAUAAUAAUAAUAAUAAUAAUAAUAAUAAUAAUAAUAAUAAUAAUAAUAAUAAUAAUAAUAAUAAUAAUAAUAAUAAUAAUAAUAAUAAUAAUAAUAAUAAUAAUAAUAAUAAUAAUAAUAAUAAUAAUAAUAAUAAUAAUAAUAAUAAUAAUAAUAAUAAUAAUAAUAAUAAUAAUAAUAAUAAUAAUAAUAAUAAUAAUAAUAAUAAUAAUAAUAAUAAUAAUAAUAAUAAUAAUAAUAAUAAUAAUAAUAAUAAUAAUAAUAAUAAUAAUAAUAAUAAUAAUAAUAAUAAUAAUAAUAAUAAUAAUAAUAAUAAUAAUAAUAAUAAUAAUAAUAAUAAUAAUAAUAAUAAUAAUAAUAAUAAUAAUAAUAAUAAUAAUAAGAAUAAUAAUAAUAAUAAUAAUAAUAAUAAUAAUAAUAAU